AAAAACUAUUGCUUAUAUACUACCGCCUUCGGCCCCAAUAAAUACGUUCAUUUCACUUUCUUUGCCGCUGUGGUGGUUGCUUCUUCUGUCGUUGUCUGAUCAAACGUUUGAUCCUCCCGUCACUACAUAUUGUUGGUCCUCCUAUCGGCUUGCUCCAUGUUUCCUCGGACUCCAGGCGACUAUACCGGGCCAAACCCGUAUGGAUCAGGCGGUCAUCACCCGGAAGAAGGAAUGGAUAACUUCUAUGAGACUUAUCAAGCUCCAUGGCCCGGAGUAGAGGCUGUACGUGCGGACUUAAUGCCCACGCAGAGACGCCAUAUACUGACAAGCACCGGUGCUCCACAGUCCCACUAUGGAGACGUCAACCACCCUUACAAUACCACGGCAGCUUUCCCUUCCAAUGCCAUCUUAACACCAAUCAGUCUUCCCGACAGCUCCUUUGCUCAUGCCCGACCUAGCCCGGUUCUCAGUCACCAUUCCCAAGAAUAUGCAUACUGCAUGGCUGAAUCUGUCCCCUCACAUGGACUGGGAAUUACCGCGCCCUUUCCAAGUGAUUUCCCGCGAACUGUAACCGCUGGUCUAGGCCCUGUUCCCGACCCAGAUUAUGUCUUCAGUGGAGCCGCCCUGUCACCUCCGCCACACCCCGUUAAGCGGACUCGGCGAAGUCCUAAACCAACGGUGGCAGGUCGCGAAGGACCAGUCACCAUACUGCCUCAUCCGGAAGGGCUUCAACGAUUAGAGCAGGAACGCCGGCGAGAGCAAGUUGAUCCUCAUUCACAACAACGACCUCGGGCCCCCGGCCGAGGGCGACGAGACCCACAAGCCGAAGAAGAGGACGCAUUUGUUGAACGGUUACGGGAACAGAACCUAGCAUGGAAGCACAUCCGGGAGAUGUUCAGGGAGAAGUUCAACAAGGACGCGUCGGAGGCCCGCCUACAGAUGCGGAUGCUGCGCAGGCGCAAAGACCGCUCGGCUCGGUGGGAAGAGAGCGAUGUGAAUCCGAUUGCUCAUAAGGGCUAGAGAAUAUUGGGAGAGGGAAAAGUAUAAUUUAAUAGCACAAAAGAUGCACGAGCUAGGGGCAAAGAAACUUUACACAGCACGACAAUGUGAGGCACAACUACGGUAUCUAGAUUCUCGUCGAGAAGGUGACACCUCGCUGUCACGAAUAGUGGAAGCACGAAAACGG